CCUUAUUUCUCUUCUCUCUCGUGUCCUUUCUCAGAAUCUCUUCUUCCCUCGUCUGUAUCCUCUUUCUAUUGCCAGCAACAUCUCUUCUGUCCCGUGCAGCCUCUGCUCCGCCCUCCGUCUACGGUUCGUGCCCCGCCAUCGUGAAGUUCGUAAUCCUAUAAUUUCUUAUCAAUGGCUGCUGAAUCAAGGAAACGUGCAAUGGAGGCUUUGGAGAGAAGAAUUCAAACUGAACAUAAACUAAAAGAAAAGAAAAACAAAAGGGAUAUAAAUCAUGAACAUAUCCUAAAGGAAAAGAAAAUCAUUAAGUCUAUAAAUGAAGAUGUAAAAUCACCUAUUCCACCACCCUCUACUUCUAAUGAUCCGUCCUUGCCUUUAUGUCGUCCAUCGUUGGAUACACCCAACAAAGGGAAUUUCGGUCUUUUUGGUCGUGCCAUUUCACAAGAGAAAGAAGAUGGUCCAGAAUAUGCCCAACUUUCUGUGGCUGUAAAUGAAAAUCUGCUCACAACUAAUGGGGAGUUUUCUUCUGAAAGAGGAGGUUCAGUUUCCGGAAUAUUGCAUGAACUUCUUCAGAAGGGAGAUGCAGCACAAAAGUACAUGCAAGGAUCUAGAAGCAUGAGAAUCGACAGCUAUAUCCUUCUUGAUAAUUUUGUGCAAGGACGCGCACUUUCUUCAUCUUCUCAAACAAGGGCUUUGCAACUUCAUUCAAAACGUUCUAAGAAGCACAUGUCCAUGAAACAACAUAAAAAACAUGGAUCAAUGGAUCUUCCUAAAGAGUUCCAUAAAUUUGACAUUUUCAAGCCAAUGCAUGACAUGUGGAAAGAUUAUAUAAAGUUGUUGCUUAAAUCCACUGGGAAUAAUCAAUUGGCUCAAUGUCUCCUAGGUGCAGAUCUACAUGGUGCUAUUAUUUUAGUUGUGGAGUGUAAACUAACCCAUUUUAUUGGAACUGGUGGCAUCAUGAUUCGUGAAACUGCAGAAGCUUUUGGGAUAAUUACUGAAGAUAAUAAAUUCCGAGUUGUUCCGAAGAAGGGUUCUGUAUUUGUACUACAAGUUGAUUGCUGGAAAGCCACUCUGAUCGGAGAUAAACUAGAUUCAAGAAAGGUUGGAUUAUGAUAUUAGUGAUAAUCCUUCAGUUUUAGAUGGCAUCUUCGUUUCACAUGAGGCCUUUUCUAUCAGGCAUCAGUUUUUGAUGAUGACACUUCACCUGCUUAUUGAGUGAACCUUGUUAUUGUCCUCUUCUGGUUUCUAUAAUUUCAUUAUUAUAAAGAAUUCUAUGAUUAUCCAUGUACUAUAAUGCUUGUGCAUUUGGUAGUCUUCUAAGUUGUAUAUGGGAGAGGGAAAAUGUUUGAAUUUUCAAUUUAAUUAGCUAUUGGCAGGAAGGUAAACAACAUUGACCUUUACUGUAUAGUGUAUAGGGACUCUAAUUAUACAUCCACCGUGAUGUAUUUGCUAACUUUUUAUUAGGUUUUUGGGGUUUUUAAAGUUUAUGUAACUUACUGAGAGCCCUUGGAACUGCUAGCGUUGUAUUUGAAUAACAUCAGUCUUUUUUGGAGCUGUGGCUCACUAGCUACAAAAUUUAUCUUUUCAA